ACGUUGUCAUUACUAAACAGAAUGCAAAAAGAUUUGAGGGACGUGAUCAGGAGACCCUAAAGAAUUGAAAUUUAUGUCUGUCAACGGUCAAGAAAAUAGGGGAUCAGACUCGCCUACAAGGGAUAAUCUAUGUAUGGCGCAGUCCAUUCGUUCAGUAUGCUCGACAGCGAAAUCAUUCGCAGCUCGUGUAAGUAUGUGAUUAAAUUGUUAGGUAUCAAAAAUACAAGAAACAGAAGACAAAGUUGAAGAGAAGACCAGAGUCAUGACUUCUGACAUCACUUUCAUAUUGUCCUCAGAAAUGCCAAUUCGUAGUUUCUACCAAUGCCUGUGAUUGGUCAUUCCAUUAUGGCGUCCUCCUAUUUAGACCAAUCAGAUUCAUCGUUGAAGGGUGCAUUGCGCAGAGUGUGAUGGAGUGCAACAGUCCUCUUCGAAGCUUCGUCCGUUUAACACGUGUCCGCAACAGGUAUCGGCCGAUAGCGGAAUAUACCGAAGAAUGCCGAAGCGGUGCCGAUCGGUCUUCGUCGGGAAGGAAGGUCUCGCCAUUUCUUUCGCGAACGUCGAAGUGACUAGACGUGUUGAAAGCAUCUUUCCGCAUAAGUACUUGUGCGGAAUUUUUAAUUAUUUGAAAAAAUUCACACAUGAACGUACUUAUGCGUUUGUUGAAAUAACAAUGAAAAAAAUAUAUACAAUAUGUAUUAUAUAUAUAAAGUAGUAUUCAUUCGAAAGAAUCGCGUAAAUUAUCGAAGAUGCACUCUCCGAUAUAUCAUUUUUUUCUUUAACUUACUUUUCACGAAAUUUAAAAGGACAAAUUCUUACGUUUAUCGUACGAUAUACCGUAAGUCCUUGGCGCGAAAAGUACGAAGGGUGCAAGUACCUGUCUGAUAGUGUCUAAUUUGAUUUUCACUGCUAUACGUAUGACCAUAUUUUAUUACAGAUAGGUCCCUUAGAUUUGGUUGCUUUGUAAAAUUAUUUAAAAGAUCCUUAAAUAAUUGUUUCGUUUUCUUUGCAAAUUAAAUUAUCUUUUUCUUUCAAUUUUAUUUCCUUCUAUCUGCAGUCUGUUGUAUAACGUAUUUCGUGCAAUUCUUGUGAUAUAAAUGAAACUCUUAAUUCAGCGAAACGUAGAAAACGUCGAAGGAAAGCCACGUAAGCGCACGAGAGGAGGAAAUAAAGAACGAGUAGAAUGCAAGAACGAAAGAACUCACGGCACGAUCCACGAGACGUGACUACACCGAUGUAUAUAUCUACAUGCAUACAAUAUUACGAAUGACGUAUGCGUUAUUCGUCGACAAACAAACUGACCAAACGAUUAACCGAUCGAAGGAUGGUCGAGCGAACAGCGAAACGAGCGUGGAAAAACAGUUACGAUCGAUCGUUAUAGAUCAACACGAGCAUGUACGUAACGAGAUCACGGUAAUGUGUUCGUGUCAAUCGAUUUUGAUCAACAACGUUUUAACACACAGUGCGUUGUUACACAAAAAUAUCGAGAUAAGAAGAGAGAGGAAAAACGGAAAAAGAAGAAGAAGAAGAAGAAAAAGAGAGGAUACGUGACAUUCAAAGGAUCGAUACCUUGAUCUUAAAAAAGAGGAAAAAACUGAUACGAUUCGUAAUCACUUUCAGAAACGAUAGGGUGACUUGACUCACAUUUGUAUAUGGGAAGUAAAUUGAGGACAGUCGAGCAGAUUCCUUUCUUUUUUCUUUUUUUUUCUUAUUGUUAGACCGCGACGACACGAUUUUCAAAUUGCUGCUGACUAUUUAUUCGAUUUUUAUUCAGAAAAAUGUCACAUCUAGAAACGAACAAAUGGACUCCAAAACUGAUAAUAGUCUUUCAACUGACUAUCUGGAGUAUCGUUGGGAUUAUACUUCUUCAAAAAGGUGCCAUCUCUCUUCGUGAAAAAAUGAAGCCGCGAAAUGAUACUGCUGACGUACAGGAUAAGCUCGCAAGAUGGAACGGAAAAGAAUCUAUUAGAGAACCAACGAAUGUUACAGACAGUAGUCGACGUCAUAUAAUAAAAGUCUAUCAAACCGGCACUCGGCGAUGGACAAACGUCGCUACUGAUAACGUUGAUGAUGUUACGUCGAACGAAUGGUUAUCGCGCAAAUUGCACCCCUCUCAUCGAACACGUAAUAUUAACCGAGAAAGUUUUAAGAAAACGUUAACAAUCGGAGAACGGACAACAAUAACAACGACAGUUGGUCAUGAAUACGACACUAGAGGCGCACGUGCUAUCGAAACCGUGGCAGUUCACGUAAAUAAUAAAAAUAAAAUUAAGAAUAUAAAUCAUGAAGAGAAUGUUAUCGUUUCGCUUGCGUCUAAUGAACGUUCUUAUGAUACGGAAAACACUGUGAUAAAUAAUAUCACGCCGAACAUAUUGUUUGAAUUUGAAAACGCCGGCUCCGCUAAUCUCGCUAGACCAGACAGGAGAAAAUCCUUCGAGCACGAUGUCAAUGAUAUAACAACCUACGAAACCACGGGAGAUGGUAAAAGUGAAACGAAGCCGCGCCGUUCCCCCGUGAAUCGAAUCGGAGCAGCUAUAGCUAUUAUUAUGCUUGUGAUUGGAAUCAUUAUGCUGCUUCUAGGUCCAUUUAUAGUCAUUCUUCGUGCACUUAAUAAUCGAAGGCGAACUAGAGAAACGCUUGAUAAAAAAAGGAAUCCCAACGAUCGGCCUCCUACUUACGAAGAAGCAACCCUAAUGGAUCAAGCACCGAGAUAUUCGACGCUCCAGCUAGACACGAUUCUCGAAUCUUCUUUUUCACUCUAGUCCCUUUCCUCUUCUCUUCUCUUCUUCCAUCCUUCUCUCUUUCCUUAAUACUUUUUAUCUUUUUUUUUCUUUUUCUUUUUCUUUUUUAUCA